GGUUUUGUGAGCCAAAGAACAGGAAGAGGAUACAGGCCUGUAGCUGUACCUCGGCGCCUUUCCUCCUCCUCCUCAUCAGCUCUCCUCUUCUCUCUCUCUCUUUCUCUACGGAUAGUGCUCGCAUCUCUCUUUACAGAUCAUACGAUGCAGUCCGAUGAAGGUGCCACGUCCAUGGAACUUGAGAAAGUUCUAUCUGAAUCAAAUCGUGUAUCUUUUGCUUCAAAACCAAACUUUGCACCUUUGAAGGCUCACGAGAUAUCCGAUGGUCAAGUUCAGUUCAGGAAAGUCUCUAUACCACCGCAUCGAUAUACGCCUCCCAAGAAAAGCGUGGAUGGAAAUUUACACUCCUAUAUACGAGCAGAUGAAAAUCGACAUUCGUAUGAAUCUCAAGGCUCGCAAGGUUGA